GUAAAUACUACGUUUUUAAAUCAUUAUUGUAAAAUAUAAGCUUCAAAUAGCAAUAAAUACAAAUACAAACGAAAAUGGAGGAUAUGGCAAGGCUAGCUGUGAUAGAACAAAGUGUUCGAGAUGUAGAUAAGUUUAAUAAAAUUCUUUACGAACUUCUGCAAUACAUUGGUCGUAUUUUAGAAAAUCCUCAUGAUAAUGAACUGAGGACCAUAAAGAGCGAGAUUUUAAAAGAAGUAUUGAAGUGUGAGCCUUUCACAGACUAUUUAAAAUAUGUCGGAUUUCGACCGGAAGGAACUGAAGUGAUUUAUCCAAAGGAGCAGACACUAACUAAUUUAAGGAUGGCACAGGCAUCAAUAGAGAGGAAGUUAUGUUUCUGUUAUGGAGCUGUGAACAAGCAAAAGAGAGUCAAGUUUAGUCAGAAGAUGACCACUUUAAAACCUUCUAACAUUCUGACAACGAAAAACAGUCUGCUGCUGAAAGUGGAGAGGUUGUUCAAUGACGUCCUGGUUUAUGAAGACGAGGAUCUCCAAGAGUAUGCACGGGAACAGAUACCUAUUGUCACACUCCAGCUCUUGGCGCUAGAGCGGGUCCGGGAAAAUCAGAAGUUGAUUAAAACUGGUGAACAUAAAGGUCCAGACCUGCCGUUCGACAUAGCUCUUCUAAUGGAGCUGAUGAGCUGGUUCAAGUACAAGUUCUUCAAGUGGGUCGACCAGCCUCCGUGUGAGGGGUGCGGGGGACACACCUCCUUCAGUAACACAGUUACUGUAGCCACUGAUAAUGAGACUUGUAGAAUGGAGGUGUACAACUGCGGGUCAUGUAACGUAGGUGCAAAGUUCUUGCGGUACAACGACCCGCGCACAUUGCUUGCCACGCGCCGCGGCCGCUGCGGGGAGUGGGCCAACUGUUUCGCGCUGCUCUGUCGGGCGCUCGGGUACGAUACGCGGAUUGUAUACGACACCACCGACCAUGUCUGGUGCGAGAUAUUUGACUAUGACUCCAACAUGUGGCUUCACGCCGACCCUUGUGAGGCGAAGCUGAACGCGCCCCUCCUGUACUCUCACGGGUGGGGGAAGAAACUGUGCUACGUCAUCGCAGUCUCCCGGGACGACGUGCAAGAUGUCACCUGGAGGUACACCAAUGAUCAUAAAGCUGUGCUGUCCCGGCGCACGGAGUGCUCGGAAGAGGAAUUAUUAUCGUGCAUACUGGCGCUACGGGAGCACCGACAGAGACAGGUCUCCGAGCCACGGAGGCGGUACCUCGCUAAGAGGACCUUGCAAGAACUCGUCACUCUUAUGGUUGAGAAGAAACCAACAGACUAUGAGUCUCACGGAAGAAUAUCAGGGUCUAAACAGUGGCGCAGUGACCGAGGGGAAUUAAGCUCUCAAUCGCCGGGACACAGCUUCGAGUUCACCCGGCCCGGCGCAUGCGCAGUGCAUUACCACGCGGCUACUGACUCCUACAGAGUCCUCAUUGAUGGAGAGGAACUGCAGAGCCUCGCAACGUGGUCCUCAGGAGUCUACGAGUAUAAGAAUAUCUUCAGGAAAAUCGAACACGAUUGGAAGAAAGUUUAUCUCGCUAGAGAAGAGGGCGAGGCGGUAGGCUUUGUGUCAUGGCGUCUGGCGGCGGGGGCGGGGCUACAGCUGUCGGCGCUGCGCCUGCGCAUGGCCGCGCAGCUGUACUCCACGGGCCGCCUCAUCUGGACGCUGCAGUACGACGACCUACCGCCUGUACCAGCCAACUUCGACGUUGACGAAAUACAGCGAGGUGUAACCCUGGAUCGGUCGUGUCGGUCGCUAAUACUACGCGUAGAGUUGUCGGGUGGAGAAGGCGACGUUGCCUGGCAACACGCGCAGCUCUGCCGACAGCCGCUAGAUGGCGCCCCGCCCGCACUACAAAUUAGCGCUACCGUCACACCACGGACAUAGCAAUAAUACUCCUACAAAUCAUUGUCAUGAUCAACCUUAUUGCCUAAACAAAUAAACAAAUACUAGUAUGUUAAACUCGUGUUCUGCCAAUAUCAGCCUUAAUGCCUUUGUAAUAAACAAGCGUUUUGCCUGACAAACUUGCAAUUAAUUCCUACGUUAUAU